CCCAAUUUCACAUUUCCAUUUCUCUCCCACCAAAAAUUACAAAUAAAAGAGAGAAUUGCAGUUACCAUUCUUAUUGACAUUACAAUGUCAUUAAACCCCACACUCACGAGUCUAUCCGUUCCAAACAACUUUAUUUAUUAGAGAAAUCAAAAUUUCUUGAAAUAAAAAGAAAGAUCCAUACCCCUCUCACUCUAUCACACACUCACAACUCCACCACCAUUUUCAAGAUUCUUCCAUUAAAAAUUCAAGAAUUUGAGAAGAAAUGUCUGCUUCUGUUGGUGGGUUUUUCUGGGUUUUCUCCCUUUUGUUAUUCCUGACUAGUCCCCAUGAACUUAGAGCAAAUGGGUUCUUAGAAAAUGUCACGGCGGCGGAGAUGGUGCCUCUAAUCGAAGCGGGCAAGACAGAGAUGGUGCUGAUGUUAAACGAAACCCGGAGAAAGCUUGGGAGUUUUCAGAUUUGCUCACUUUGCACUUGCUGUGGAGGUGCCUCCAGAAGGUACUGUUUGCCUUCUCCUUGUUGCUAUGCCAUCAAUUGUAACAUACCACACAGGCCCUUCGGUUAUUGCUCUUUCACUCCCAGGACCUGUAAUUGCUUUGGAUGCCAUCUCUAAAUUGUUCGUCUACAUGUUCGAUAAGUUAAAUUGGACUCGAACUUGAUUAGUAAGACGUAUCAAACAUAUUAUUUUCUUUAUAUUUUACUAUUUGGGACUUUCAAAUGUGAAAUGGAAGAAAAGAAUAUCUGUUUUAGAUUGAUAGGAGUGAGUAAUUGGUUUGAGGGACAGCUAUUUCCAGCUAAGUUUUGCUAGUUAUUGGGAUUUGUCCCCUCCACCUCUCUCUAUACAGUUCAAAAUUUGCUUGAAAUCGCAAAAGUUUAGCGUCGAACUACAGUUUUUGUGAUUUCCAGUGUAAUAAUUUAAUGUUGGUUAGUAAGAAGAUGUUGGGGGUAUGAUGUCUGUUUGCAGACAGUUCAUGUUCUUAUGUGGAAUGUGACACUACUGAUGACUGAGAUUAAGAUAUUAUUUUGUUUCCAUUA